AUGGAUUCCUUAGUUCCUGCAUCGGCUACUUUAACAGCUAAAGCCUCUAAGACCUUUCCGAUUGAUGCAGAUGGUGAUGAAGGAUUUGACCACGGUUAUCAGAAGGUUAAGUUGCCUCGCAAGAACGUGAGUCGACCUUCUCGCGAGACGUUGCCUGACGAGGUUCCUGAAAAUAGCAGUGUACAGUUUGCCUCUCUGGCUGCUUCCGCUCCAAAGGCCUCUAAGUCCUCUUCCAAAGAGACAGAUGGUGAUGAAGAUAUUGACCCGAACUCUGGUUAUCAGAAGGUCAAAUUGCCUCGCAAGAACGUGAGUCGACCUUCUCGCGAGACGUUACCUGACGAGGUUCCUGAAAAUAACGGCUCACAGUUUGCCUCUCUGGCUGCUUCUGCUGCAAAGGCAUGUAGGUCCUCGUCCAAGGAGACAGAUGGUGAUGAAGAUAUUGAGCCGAACUCUGGCUAUCAGAAGGUCAAAUUACCUCGCGCCGACAAGAAGCAGUCUCGAUUGAUUCCUGCUCCAGCUGAUAAGCCUAACGUGGUCCCUGCAAGUCGUACGGUUUCUCCGGGCUCUAUCGCUGCUCCUGCUGCUCCCAUCCUUCCGUCGUCUGCUCCAGCCGUUGAAGCUCUUGACGCUCCUGCAUCCUCCCACGUGGACGCAGCUAACGUUGAUUUGGAGGCAUCGGCGCCAGCCACCAGUUUCUCUCAAGAGGCUCCGGCGACUGGGGACCAGGGUGGUGGUGCUGGACAAGCGGAACUGGUGACUCCGAGCAGUCGACGAUUCAAGAAGAGGAUGAGCCAGAGUCCUGCAGGUGUGGAGCACUUGACACCUACCUCGAAGAAGCGGAAACUUGCAAAUCGCAGCUAUUGGGAGAACAUGAGCGGCAGCGUUUCACGGAUUGCAGAGAUCAAUCGGUUUUUGGAGGACAAUUCGGGCGUGGAUGCAAUUUCUCCCCUUGAAGACGACGCUGCCUGGUUCCAAAAGAGACGAAUGUCCCUGACGCCAGCCGUACGGCGUCCUUCUCUUGGCGCGGCUGUCAGACCUGGCGUGACGCCAGGGAACGCUGGUCGCGGAGGGUGGAGCAUGCAGCGCUGCGCACUGAUGCAGGAAGAAGGAAAGGCUGGAAAGGAGUCGAGGCAAGCAUGGUCGGAAGCGGGAGAAGCUCGUUCGAAGCAAGCGGGACUCGAGGAAGCAGUGCAGGUGGGAAAAGCGAGUUCGAAGCAAGCGGGAGAAGGUAGUGCGAAGCAGGCGGGAGAAGCAGAAGAAGCGGGACAGGGUGGUCUGAAGGUAAUGGCGAAGGACACAGUAGAGCAGGUCAUUCGUGAAGGCGCAACUGCUGAGCAAGUUCAGGCUAGCGGAGAAGCAGGCAAGCAGGGAGCAAACUUGGGUAUGGAUUUGGAAGGGCCUGUGGAGCUGACGAAGGAGUUUCUUGAGUCGCGUAUGAACGUCAUCUUCGCUCAAGAGACCUGCAACGCGGAUCAGAAGCCGGUGCGGAUCGCCAGGCAGAUCAAGGCAUGCUUGAAGCGGUGCUAUCUCGCGUCCAUGCUCGACAUCAGGGCGUUCGAAGCGAGCACGAGUGAGGGGAGCGAGGAUGAGGAGGAGGAGAACGCGGGAAAGAGCGAUGGAGGGGCAUCAGGCAAGCGGGUUGAGCCAGCAGCUGGGGAGCAAGAGGCUGGGGGAGGGAAGAAUGAGUCGUUAGCCUCUGUGAGGUUCCGUUUACAGGGUCUGAGAGAGAUCAAGGAGGACCUGUUGAAGGAGCUGCAGGAGAUUGAGGCUCUGGAGAAGCUAGAGGAGGCUGAGGAGGAAGAUCCGCAGCAGAGCAGCGAGGAGGGAGCAGACGAGGAGGAAAGCCUUGGAGGAGAGGAGGAAGCUUCAAAUGCUCAGGUUGCGGAAGCAAUUGAGGAGAUUCUCCCAGUUGUCGAAGAAAAGAUCGAGUGUACACGCUCUUGGAUCAGCACCACACUUUCACUGUGUGAGCGGGCAGCAACUGUGGAGCAGCAGUUGGUUCAGGCGUACCCUGGGGCUGCAAGUGCUGCUGUUGGUGGAACAGGCGAUUCCAGAGGAUCAACAGCGGCAGUGAGAGGUGCUGGAUGGCUUGCGGGAGUGCCGCUGGCUGUGUUGACUCCACGAACAGCAGCUAGGGGCCUGGCGAAUCUUGGGCACCCGGAUAUGCCCACGGACUUAGAGUGA